AUUGCAUUUCUUGAGGAACAUUGAGUCCAAUUUCUACCACCUGACUCCUGUGUUCGUAUUUUGUCUUUAGUGUUAGUGGUUGUGCGAUUUAUACAUUACCAUGAAUAUCGUGGAAUGGGCAUUUGGCAAGCGCAUGACGCCUGCAGAGCGCCUGCGCAAACAUCAGCGCGCCUUAGAACGGACACAACGCGAACUUGACCGGGAACGAAUCAAGCUGGAAAAUCAGGAGAAGAAAUUGGUUCAAGAUAUCAAGAAGAGCGCCAAGAACGGACAGAUCGGCGCAUGCAAGAUCCAGGCAAAAGACCUCGUUAGGACGAGAAAAUAUAUCCAGAAGUUCUACUCAAUGCGGACGCAAUUACAAGCCAUUUCUCUUAGAAUUCAGACCGUCCGAAGUAAUGAACAAAUGAUGCAGUCAAUGAAAGGCGCUACCGUGCUUUUGGGUAGCAUGAACCGACAGAUGAACCUUCCUGCCUUGCAACGAAUAGUUAUGGAGUUCGAGCGCGAAAACGAAAUCAUGGACGAGCGACAGGAGAUGAUGGACGAUGCUAUUGAUGAGGCGACCGGCUUGGAAGACGAGGAAGAAAGUGAGGAUAUUGUGAAGGAGGUACUCGAUGAGAUUGGAGUGGAUCUUGGCCAAGCGGUAAUUCUCCGACUGCUACCCUUUUAAAAACAUUCAGUUUCAGCGUACUGACUUAAUCAACAGUUUGGUGAGACUCCAGAAGGGAUUGCUAAAGAAGGGCCAGGUGAAACUAGAGUAGCCCAGGCCAUUGGUGGUGGGCCUAGUGACGAUGACGACCUGCAAGCGCGUCUGGACAGCCUUCGGAGAUGACAGAGGGCCUUGCCUAGGUUACUACAGGAGAUAUUCUUUCAUCUUUUAACUGGAGUCAAGGAGUUGGGUUGCUUCUUAAGGGUCAGUAGGGUCAUUGUGAAUAAUAUGCCAUCGGACUUAAAGCGAGUCGUUUUAAUGCAAGCAUGGGAUCUCUUGAGCGGUCUGACGAGUCAAUCAGAUUGCAGCCGCAAUGUAUAAAUUUGACCAAAGGUUCUCCGGUUUAAUUAAAAAUAUACU